CCAAUCGGCAUUUGCAGCAUGUUAUAUGUACGGUUAUUCCAGUAGCGUGUUCCGAUAGAGAUAGCUGUUACUGCUUUUUCUGAUAGAUUAUCUUGUCAAAAUCUAUUAAAAUGAAGUCGAAAUAUUAUAUUACAUUCCUGGGGAUUGUGCUCAUGAGUUUAUCUUAUGUUAGCUGUCAAUAUAGAACGAAAAAUAGUCAAAGUUCCUCAUUAGCCGAACGUGUACAACAGUUAACAGAAAUGGCCAUUAGGAGACCUGUAAUUAAGUUUAACGGAGCAAAAUUUAAGGAGUUUGUUAAAAAUACUCCAAGAAAUUAUUCUGUUAUCGUAAUGUUCACUGCUAUGGCACCACAAAGGCAGUGUCAAAUUUGCAGACAUGCGAACGACGAAUUUACAAUAGUUGCAAAUUCAUUCCGGUAUUCUCAGUCUUAUUCGAACAAGUUGUUUUUCGCAUCUGUAGAUUUCGACGAAGGAUCAGACGUUUUUCAAAUGAUGAGAUUGAAUACUGCUCCAGUAUAUAUACAUUUUCCAGCGAAAGGUAAACCAAAACCAGCGGAUACUAUGGACAUACAAAGAGUUGGUUUUGCUGCAGAAGCAAUAGCAAAGUGGAUAUCAGAACGUACUGAUAUUCAGAUAAACGUCUUCAGGCCACCAAAUUACUCUGGUACAGUGACUUUGAUGAUGUUUUUGGUUCUGAUCGGAGUAUUCCUCUAUGUUAGGCGUAACAAUUUAGAUUUAAUUUAUAAUAAAACAAUUUGGGCUCUUAGUGCAUUGUUUUUCACUCUUACAAUGAUAUCAGGACAAAUGUGGAAUCAUAUCAGAGGACCUCCAUUUAUCCACAAGUCAGCUAAUGGAAAUAUGGCAUAUAUUCAUGGAUCGUCCCAAGGUCAAUUUGUGUUAGAAACUUAUAUUGUUAUGGUUUUGAAUGGAGCAGUGGUAUUAGGAAUGAUUCUAAUGACCGAAGCUGCAACAAGGAAAGGUGAUGUUAAAAAACGAAGAAUAUUUGCUGUGAUAGGCUUUGGAUUAGUUGCCAUUUUCUUUAGCCUUCUUUUAUCCAUAUUUAAGAACAAGGCUCAAGGGUAUCCAUACAGGUUGCUAUUUAAAUGAACAGAUAUUUUACAGAAAAAAAAGAGUUUGAUAUAAAAAUUACUGGAAAUUUAAAACUGCCUUUAAACUGAAAUUUAUCUGCUUAAAUUAUAUCAUUUAUGAGUUCUUCCAAAUCUAUACAGGUAAAGUAAAAAAGAAAAAAAAUCAUUAUGAACCAUUGAGGCAGAAGUUGAAUAGAUACAAAAAAUUUUAUAUAAAUAACACAUGUAAGGAUACUAAUUGUAUUCGAAGGAUGAGUAGAAUUAAAACUUUUUGCUUUUUAUUUUGAAAUAAUUUUUCAAAAUGUUUCGAUACCAUCUGCGAAUCCUUGAAGAAUAAUCCAAGAAAGAGAACAAUUAUUCUGUUAUGUCCAUAAUUAAAUAAAAUAUGAAAGUAAUAAGAAUAAAUGGAUAAUACGUCGA